UUCUGCUCUGUUCUUGCAGAAAUGAAGAUCUAAACGGUGAACCAGUGGUGUAAAAUGUCAAAGACAUGAAUGGGAAAAUAUCCCCGUCGCUGUGCAUUUGCGUACGAUUAAUUUUUUGCUUUUGACAACGUUUGAUGUGUUAAUAACAAGUACGAAAUUUGAACCAUUUGGGGUGCCAACGAUCCCAUCUUCCAAGUAGUAGCCAGAUAUAUUAUCUCCAGCUUCCAGCAAGGAUUUGAAGAUGCAACCAUGGCAUUGGCGACACCCUUGAGCCAAGCUAACCCUUCAACCAUGGCUGGCAAUAAUCACCUGCCAGGGAUGCGCACUAACGGCAUCGUCAUGCCGGAGAUGGACUCCCUGGUAGCACCCCAGAAGGCCAGACCGGUGCCCAACCAUCUGCUGGACACGCAAAUGUUCCACAAGGUGUCCCACAACUCUGUUGUUCAGGCAGAGCCGUCGGCAGUCCACUUCACAGGAUUUGAGCCUGGCAAAGUGCAUAAGCAGAUACUGCGUUUAAUCAACAUCUCAUCUGAGUGUCAGAACAUGCACAUCAUUCCUCCGUCGACGCGCUACUUCAAGGCCUGGUACGCCAAGCGGGAUCGGCUGGUACCCGGCAUGGCAGUGGAGGUAGAGGUGGAGUUCAGACCAGAUGAGUGGCGUUACUACUACGACUGCAUCAGGAUCCAUUGCCAGGAUGAGGAGAACUUGCUGGUACCUGUGCAUGCAUAUCCUGCUAUGAGCACCGCUGAGUUCCCUGAAGUCAUCAAGUUCCCUCCAGUCUCCAUCUCAGAGAGCCGUACAAGAGUGAUACCUCUGCGCUGCGACGCUCCCGUGGACUUUGAGUUCCAGCUGACUUUCCUCCAACCCCACCCAGCCUUCACCGUUGAGCCGAUGAGCGGCAUCGUCCCCGGCAACAGUGAGGUCAACAUCACCGUGACCUUUGCCCCGACAGAGUUCAGUACGGCGCUGAUGAAACUCCAGCUGGUGACGUCACAGUUCAAUUCCAAACCUUUAGUGUGCUUGGUGUCGGGGUCCUCAGCUCCAGGACUAGCUGAAGCUGAGAUGGCCGCUCGUUGCAACGGCCACGCCUCCAGGCCCAGUGACUCCCUCCUAGACCCCCAUUCCAUCUCCCCCGUGGCCAUGGCGCGCAGGAAGAAACGCACCAAGAGCAGGAACCGGACCAGCUCCCGUGAUGCUCUGGCUACCUCCAAGGAGAUUGAGAGGGAUGGGGUACGCUUCCCAAGCAACCUAGACACUCAGCAUUCAGUGAACACGGUCCUGAUGCAGCAGGCUGGCAAGCUGAGGGCUAAGGAGCUCAGGGAAGCUGUUCUAGCAAAACAAGAUGCAGUUCCUAACACCAGACAGUUAAAGGAAGCACUAUUUGAUCAUGAAGUGAAGCAAGAUGUCCUUUCAGAGAGGAGAAAUCAGCUCAGAUGGCAAGUUCACCUGGGCAGAGAUCAAAUCACUGCCACAGCCAGAGAGGAGAUCCUACAGAGCAGAAAAGAAGCAGUCAAGGAGUACCAUUUCCAAAGAGGAGACCCAUUACCAGACAUUGAGUUCAACCGGUCCUGCACCACCUGCACCCAGCGACGCACCCACCGGACGGUAGAGUCUAUCCCCCCUCCGGUAGCCAUGUUUGACCCCUACACCAAUGACCCCUGGGCCAUGAAGCACCGAGCCUUGGGCCACUUCCAGCAGGCUGCCAUGAGGGUCAUUAUCCAGCUGAGGGUGGAAGGCAAGAGGAAGAUGAUCCGCAAACUGAUUGAGGAUUACAGGACGGGCAGGGCUGGCAGGGAACAAUCAGCCACAUAUGGUGAAGAUCAGGACAGCCAGAUCAAGGAUAUCCCUUUAGUCAUUGAUGCUGAGAAGGUGCAACCAUACGCCUUCCCUACCUACACAGCGCCGGACUUCAAGGAUGACAUGGCCCCUGAUGCUCUGGGCAUUGUACCUGCAAAGUCCUCUGAAGUGUUUGUCAAGAGAAAAGUGCCUUUCUUCAAUCUGAAGGUACCACAGCAAUACAGACUCAUGAGCUACGUCCCACAUAACAUCCAGGAUGCAUCCAGUGGCUAUGUACCACCAAGGCUCAUCAGACCACUGAGAACCGGUGCAGAGGAUGAGAUAAUCAAUGUUCCAGCCCCUGAGCCUGCAUGGACAAAGGAACAGGCCAUUUCCGAUGUAGGGGUGUCUCCAGAAGAGACCAUAGAGCUGGCAUUGAGAGAGACUGGACCAGUGGAGCUAACGCCUCCAUCGGCGCUGUUCAGGCCUAUUGACUACCCCCCUCUGCACAUAUUUAACCCAGCCCCUGGCCUGCAGGUCUUCAUGCCCCCUCUUCCCUACGCUGAAGUAGAUGCUGACUUCCAUCUCUGCCCUCUGCCAAGAUAUACCCACAAGGAUCCCAGCAAUAAACACGGCACUACGCUCAAGAAGUUCCUGGACAGAGAGGAUGUGAUACGCAGCACAAUGCAGUGGAAGAAGUUCCCAUCCCAAGGUCUGGUGUCCCUGUCCAAUACACCCACACUGACCAACGUAUGGGUGCCCAGAUGGACGGAUCCUUUUAGCACAGACCUUCUUCCAGGCGACGUCCCUUCCUUAUUAGAUGGACUUCCAGUUGAGGACAAACCCAAUGUUAUAGAUCAAUCUGAUGAUGAGGCUGAUGCUGAGGAGAAACCUGAGGCAGUUAGUCUGGCUCCGGGCAUGGUCAAUGCAGAAUUCCCAUUGGUGCAACACACACAAGCACCGGACCGGAAAGACAGUGAUGAGUUUCCAUAUGGUAGCAAGCUUCCAGCUCACAAUAACCCAGUCAGCAGUACGGGGCCUGUGCCACGAGAGAAGCGUGAGGCGGAGUUGGAAGUAUUCCUGCAGAAACGCUACAAUCGUCUGGGUGACAAGGUAGAGUCCAGAGUAACUCACAUGAAUAACUUGGCUACUCAGCCUGAUCUGGUUCUCAAGUGAUCCAUCCAGAAAUCAAGGCUCUUCAUUCAUUUCAGUAGCAAUUGAAAGCCAUUUUGUUUUUUAAAAUAACUUUUCACUUCUUUUAUAUUGAAAUUGAUAUUUAUAUCGAUAUUGG